AUGGGGGAGACCGGCGCGAGUGGGGCCGGCGAGCGCGCGCCGGGGCGGCCCGAAGCGCAGGCGGAGGCGGCCGAGCUGCUGCCCUUCCUGGCGCCGGGCGCCCGGGCCGACCUGCAGGCGGCGGCGGCGCGGCACGUGCUGGCUCUGACCGGCUCCGAGCCGGGCCGCUCGCUGCUGGCCGGGCAGGCGGCGCUGCUGCGGGCGCUGGGCCAGCUGGCGGCCGCCCCGGCCCCGGCCCCCGCCCGCGACGCGGCGCGCGCACUCGUGAACCUGGCUGCCGACCCCGGCCUGCACGAGCCGCUGCUGGCGGCCGACCCCGGGCUGCCGGCCCGCCUGCUCGGCCUCGCCCUGGACCCGCAGUGGCCCUGGGCCGACGAGGCGGCCGCCGCACUGGCCAACUUGAGCCGCGAGCCCGCGCCCUGCGCCGCGCUGACAGAGGCGCUGGCGAGCGCCGACCCCGAGGGCUCGGGCCUGGAGCGGAUAGUGCGCGCCUUGUGCACCCCCGGCUACAACGCGCGCGCACCCCUGCACUACCUGGGGCCGCUGCUCUCCAACCUCAGCCAGCGGCCGGCGGCGCGCGCCUUCCUGCUGGACCCCGACAGGUGCGUGGUGCAGCGGCUGCUGCCUCUUACCCAGCACCCGGACUCCUCGGUGCGCAGGGGCGGUGUGGUGGGGACGCUGCGGAAUUGCUGCUUCGAGCACCGACACCACGAGUGGCUGCUUGGUCCCGAGGUGGACAUCCUCCCCUUCCUGUUGCUGCCUCUGGCCGGGCCUGAGGAGUUCUCCGAGGAAGAGAUGGACCGGCUGCCCGUGGACCUGCAGUACCUGCCGCCCGACAAGCAGCGGGAGCCUGAUGCCGACAUCCGCAAGAUGCUGGUGGAAGCCAUCAUGCUGCUGACAGCCACCGCACCUGGCCGGAAGCAGGUGCGGGACCAGGGAGCCUACCUGAUCCUCCGAGAGCUGCACAGCUGGGAGCCGGAGCCCGACGUGCAGGCAGCUUGUGAGAAGCUCAUUCAGGUGCUCAUCGGGGAUGAGCCGGAGCGAGGCAUGGAAAACCUGCUGGAGGUCCAGGUGCCUGAGGAUGUGGAACGGCGGCUGCAGCAGCUGGACCGUGAGGAGCAGGAGCAGCUGGAGCGGGAGCUGGCCCCUGCGUCCUGAGCCGGCCGCAGGCCCACCUUGGCCACGAUGUCCUGAGGAGGCCUGCUGCGGCCUGGCCGCCCCUCCAGUCCCGCUGCCCAGAGGCUGGAGGGUGGAGGGCAGCCCUGUGCCCUGGUGCCAGCGAGAGUACAGAUUGCUCUGCGUGGUUCCAGGGAGCGUGGGGACGAGGACGAAGUAGGGAGCGGGGGGUGUGUGUGUGUGGAAAAAACACAUUGGUGCCCCCGUGGGGGAGCAAGGUGGGGACGGCCGUGCGCCCAGCCGUGGGUUCUCCAGUGGAAGCAGUGUGGCUGCGGCAGCCCCACAGGAUCCUGGGUGAAAUAAAUCAUGGUUUUCAAGUUCUUGCUGUAGGACCUCUGAGAAUGGGAGAGUUCUGUGUUUUGUUUCUUAAGACUGAUUGAUUUGAUAGGCAGAGUGACAGGAAGAGACAGAGGAGGAGAUCUUCCAUCCGCUGGUUCGCUCUCCAGGUGUCCACAACUGGGCUGGGGCUGGGCCAGCUGGAGCCGGGAGCCUG